AUGGCUCCUACAAAAGUCCUUGUCACCGGCGCAUCCGGCUACAUCGGUGGCUCUGUUCUCACUCGACUCCUCCAGUCCACCCAUCCCGAUAUCAAAAACCUAUCGUACAGCGUGCUUGUGCGGAAGCCUGAACAUGCAGAGCAUUUCAAGUCUCUAGGCAUGACGCCAGUCAUGUUCGAGAAUCUCGACCAGGCGGACCUUUUGAAGAAGGCGGCAUCAGAGCAUGACAUUGUCAUUAACUCGGCCAGUGCGUUUAGAGCAAUUGGUGCGAGGGCACUUAUUGAAGGGUUGGCAGAGAGAAAGAAGAUUACUGGUGAACCAGUCUGGUUUAUCCAUACAUCUGGUACAUCUAGUGUCGGCAAUCGUCCUGUGAGCAAAAUCUACACUCAAGAGGAUGCCCCCUUUGAGUUCAAUGACAAGACUCAAGACAUUUACGCCUACGAGCUGAAACGCGAAGCACAUGACUCGUAUCCUCAGCGAGCGUGCGACGUUGCGGUCGUGGCGGCAGGAGAAGACUUCAACGUGCCGACAUACAUCCUCAUGUCACCAACAAUCUAUGGAACUGGCUCCGGACCGUUUAACAAGCGAUCUGUCCAGGUUCCCUUUUUGUCGCGACGGGCUUUGAAGAAGGGAUACGCAGAGUACAUCGGCGAGGGAGCGGGCGUGUGGGACCACGUCCACAUUGACGAUACGACAAAGGUGUACGAACUGCUUUUAGAGAAGCUCUUUGCGCAGGCAGAUGUACCUUUUGGAAGAAAGGGUAUCUACUUUGGCGGCAGUGGGCGCCACUCAUGGAAGCAAGUCGCUGAGGGCAUUGCCAGGGCUGGCUUUGCGGCGGGCGUCUUGGAGGCCGAGCCGCGGACGAUUCGGCUGGAGGAUUUGGCGAAGGAUACCCCGGGUGCAGUUGAGCAGUACCAGGAGCUGGGACUUGCAUCGAGGUCGUGUACAAAUGCGGAGUUGACAAGGGAGGUGUUGGGAUGGAAGCCAGAGAUUGGAGAGGAAGCGUGGGAGAAGGGUUUCGUGGAAGAGAUUGAGGCGGCAAUGGCUCAGUAG